UAUCUUUCGAUACAUGUUUGGUACAUACAAUUUGUUAUCAACACUUCCACUACAGUCGGCGCGCUCAAACUUUGCCAAAAUAGUACUCAAGCAAAUUUUAAUGUAAAAGUUUUGAUACACUGCUCUGGCAGUAUAAAAUUCCAUCAGAAUGGACAUAGAAAGUUCAGAAAUGGAUGUAGAUAUAGACGGCUCUAUAGUUAGUGUACAUGUUCGUAACUUUUUUUGUCAUGAUAAUUUGGAAGUUAAUUUGAACAAAAACGUUACUUUUAUUGUGGGUCGUAAUGGUAGUGGCAAAAGUGCAAUCUUAACUGCUCUAGUAGUCGGUUUAGGUGGAAGGGCAUCCGAUACUAACCGUGGAAGAAAUCUACGCUCAUUUAUCAAGAAGGGUGCCAAUUCAGCAACAAUUGAGAUAAAAAUCAAGAACAACAGUCCACAAGCAUACAAGCAUGAUAUUUAUGGUGAUUACAUUACAAUUGUGAGGCACAUCAAUGCUUCAGGUGGUUCCAGUUACAAGAUUAAGUCAGCUUCUGGAGAAAUAAUUUCAACGAAAUAUGAAGAUGUAAAUGCUAUUACACUUGCACAUGACAUACAAGUAGACAACCCAAUAUCAGUGCUAAACCAGGAUGAUGCAAGAAGUUUUCAUGCAUCAGACCCGAAAAAAAAAUUUGGAUUGUUUCGUAAAGCAACAAAUUUUGAAGUCACAGAGAAUAAUUAUAAAAUAGCUCUGGGAAACUGUAACAGGGCAAGAGCAGUUUGGAAGAGGAAACAUGAAGCAUGUGUGGAAUUGGAAGACGAAUACAAGAAGAGGCAAGCUCAGUUAGAUCAGUGGAAGUCCCGAGAAGAGAUCACAGCACUCUCAAAAACUCUACAAAACGAAUUUUAUUGGAGCGAAGUUGCCGAGUUAGAGAGAGAAGCAAGAAAUAUACAAGAUCAAUAUGACAAACAGAAAGCUAAAAUGGACAAGCUGAGAGAGAAACUGAAUAAAAUGGAACAGAAUUAUGGAAGUAAUACUAGUGCUAUCGAUGAGCUGAAAAAUUUUCUUAACGAAAAAUCGGCAGAGAAAGCUAGCCUUGAAGAACAGCUCCGUAAACUAGAAGCUGAAGAGAAUAGCAUACAGGCUUCUUUUCGUACCUCACAGAAUGAAGCUGCCAAAUGCACAGAGUCCUUAAAUAGGGAGAAAAGGAAAAUUGCUGACUUGGAAAGGGAGUUACAGAAUAUUGGUUCGGGUGCGGCGGAGUCGCGUCGCGCGGAGCUGGCGAGCGCCGCAGAGCGCGCGGCGCAGGGCGCGGCGGCGGCGCGCGCGCGGUACGACACGGCGCAGCACGAGGCCGCGCAGGCGCGGGACAACGCCGCGCACGCGCAGGCCCAGGCCGAGCAGGCCGACCGCCGCGCGCAGACCCAACGCCAAUCACUACAACAACUAAAGCAACAGCUUCGCGAGUUGGAGUCCCGGGGCAAUGACUCGCUGGCAGUGUACGGCGCUAACAUGGUGGAACUGGUUCAGCGAGUCAACGCCGCCGCCGCCAAUGGACAGUUCUCACAGAAGCCUAGGGGACCCAUCGGUGCCUAUUUAAAAGUGAAGGAGAAGAAAUGGGGCGGUGCUCUGGAGCACAUCAUUGGUGGCAGUAUCCAGUCCUUCUGCGUGAACACACCUGAUGAUAUGAGGAAACUUUUCCAGAUAAUGGAGCAGGUAUACGGCAACCGUCCAAAGCCUGGCGUGACAUGCAGCAAGUUCCUGGGCCGGGUGCACGACGUCCGCGGGCGCCGCGUCCGCGCCGGCAGCUUCGUGUCUGCCCUGGACUCGCUCGACGUCGCCGACCCCGUCGUCGCCAACUUCCUCAUCGAUAACAUCGGAUGUGAAAGCGUCUUGCUCGUCCCUGACCACGAGGAUGCGGUUCGUUUGUCGGACAACGAGGAGAAUGUCCCGGAGAACUGUUCGAAGAUAGUGACCCUGGACUCCACGGAGUACCACCCCGCGCCCAACUACCGCAGCUACGGAGGGUCCGCCAGACACAGUCGCGUCUUACAUCUCAGCACUGCCGAGAGAAAGAAGCAACUAGUAAGCGAGAUAAAAGAAAAAGAAGCGGUAUUGCAAAAAUUGGAAGUGGAAGCUGGCGAGCUGGGCCAGCAGGCGAAGGCGGCGCGGGAGCAGGAGCGGGCGGCGGGGCGCGCGCUGCAGGCCCUGCUGGGGGACCGCCACCGCGCCGACGAGGCCGCGCGCCGCGCAGGGGAGGCACUCGCACAGCUACAGGCGCCACAACACGCUGUACUCGUGGAAGAAUUAAACAUAUCGAAGGACAAGAAGGCCGGCUUACAGCGACGUUUGGACGAGCUAGCUAGCAAGGAGGCAGAGAAUCGACAGAAGAUGGACGAGUACGAUAACCGCAUGAAACGGGUCAAGAAACAGCUCGGGGAAGUCAAUGCUGCCUGUCGGAAUACAAGGGAAGAAAUAGACCAAGAACAGAUGAAGCUGGACCGAGGGGUGAUGGAGAGGAAGACAUACGAGAAAAGCCUUCGUGACGACGAGAAUAAGAUGACGCAAGUGAAAGCGAUCCUUGAAGAGAAACAUGCGGUUAUUAGGAAGAAAAUUGAGACCGCUGAACGACUCUGCCCCAGGAUGCCAAAUCCUAGGGAUAAAGUAACGGUGACGAAUCAGCUGAAGAAGUUAGAGUUGAAACUGAACUCUAUUCGAAGCGACGCGGACGGGCUGACCGAGGCCGAGGUGACGGAGAGAUUGGUCGACGUCAAGCGCAAGUACCAACAGACGAGCAACGAGCUAAAACAUCUCAAGGAACUUAUUGAUAUGUUGAGCCACACAACCGACUAUCAUCUGAAACUAUGCGUGAAACUACAGACCAUAGUAGUAAGAACAGUGGAACACAUUUUCCAAGCGAUCCUGCUGGUCAGAGGGUACAGGGGUCACAUGGUGGUGGACCUCUCGAAAAACACGCUUGAGAUCCUGUGCUCAGGCCGCGAGGGCAACAACCGCGCGGCUUCCACGACCUCCUCGCUAUCAGGCGGCGAGCGCUCAUACUCCACCGUCGCGUUCAUCAUGGCACUCUGGGAGUGCGCCAGCCUGCCCUUCUGUUUCAUGGACGAAUUUGAUGUUUUUAUGGAUAAUGUGAAUAGGAAGGUAGUGAUGGAGAUGUUGAUUGAUCACGCAUUGAAAAACACUAAGCGACAAUACGUGUUCCUUACACCACAAGACAUAUCCAGUGUUACCUCCGGACCAAAGAUUAGCAUAUACAAAAUGCCAGACCCACGCCCUUAGCAAGUAAGCAUUUUAUACGUAAUCCGAUGGAGAUUUUUGAUUAAUGUUUUACCUUUGUUACAUUAAGGAAUUGUUAUUUGAUUUUAAUAUGUGGGUAUUUUUAUGAUACUCGAUAUUGUCUAUUUUUAAGUAAAAUCCUGUUUAACAGUGAAUGAAAAUAAAAACAUUUUCAAAUAAAUAAUCAACACCAUUUAUUUAUUAAUACUAUUUCGCCUUGAAUUGACUGUACAUACAAAAUGUGAUUGAUGCAGUUAUUGCACUAAUAACAUCUGAUUUACUUUUAUUAUCCAUGACAUGAGAUCACAUGCAAUGAAGUCCGGCAAACAAUAUUGUAGGUACACCUUUUAUAUUACUUCAAUAAAUUGAUAUAAAAAUAACUUAUAUCUAAAAAUUCUAAUCAUUUUCUACUAAGAAUAUAAUUUUUAAAUUAUUUUCAUAUAAAGUAACAAAUCUAAGUCUUAUUUAUAAGGCCAGCAUUGCCUUAGUGGAUAAGCGUAAUCGUUCAACUUAUUUCUACAUUGAAUUUUCUAAAACGAACAAUACCCGGUUCUAUUGGAGUUAGGUACACUGUACAACAUUACACAUUAAAAAAAUACAAUAAAUCCAUAUAAUAUGGUGAAUACAAUUUGUACAACAUAUUUCCUAUAUGUUAUAGUAGUCGAGUAAAGUGGAAGUUAGUAAGAACAGAGGACAGUCUUAAUUUUGAGAAAAUAUGUUUGACUAUGGUCGAUGUCGGCAAUAAGAUUAAGAAAUUAUUUUACGGUGCUAAACUAUGGUAGAACAAAGCAGAUACUAUUUUGAGACAUGCAGGCAUUUCUUGAUUCCCAUGAUACCGACAAUUAAUCAAACAUUGAAAAUUUUUAUCCAUUACUCGAAUGUUUUUUUGGCAAAUUAAAAGAAAAGUAAGGUAAAUUACACAAAUCGGAGAUGAACGUUAUUUGUUAAAGUGUUCUAUGUUAAUGAUAAUAUGAAUGUAGUUAAUCACUACUGCAGUAAAAGUACAUUUGGGCCUGAUAUACAUAUGUAAUUGUGUCAAAAUUGGCCAUAAAAAUGCAUCAUGGUCAACAUUUUGUUCAUUUUGGUGCUAUGCAAAAUAUAAACACACAUGCGAAUCAUUUCCGAUAUAUAUAAAAGCAUUUUUUUCUACUUAAGUCUAAGAGUUGGCUGUAAUAGCAUCGAGAGUUAGAAUUUCAUGCAUUCAAUUCAUCGGAUAGUGUUCCACAUACUCACGUGUAGUUUACACAAUUCUACGUCAUUUCAAAGUGUGCCAAAUGAAACGAUCCGACGGAAACAAUUCUUUGGUUAAAAUCCGCCGCGAUAUAUUUUAUACAUACAAUAAUAUUUUUAUAUCAAUAUAACAUAAACAGUUGACUCAAAGCUCUAGUAAUCAGUCUCUAGAACGUUUCGCGUUCUUUUAUCAUCCAUUAGAAGAAAUAAAUUACAAUAUUUAUCAAUUUAUAUACAAAUUGUUGAGAAAAUCAAGGGCUAAAAGUAUAUAUCUAAUUCACUAGUAAGUGGGAACAGUUUUUUAAACAUAGAUUAUGUAUAAGUUAUUGACAUUUGAUUUGGAUACUUAAAGAUAAUAAUUACGAUAUAAAAAACGAAAAUGAUUGUUUCGGUAACUCGUGAGUGUGUAAUGCACAAUCGAACGGCAAUUUUCUAUAUAAAGACGAAUAAAGUUAUAGUUUAGUAAACUAACUAAUUAGUUAAAGAUUCAGAAUAAAGUAUUGAUUGAAAAAAAUGAUUCAUUGCAAUGCAUUCUUAUUUUUAUUUACAUAAAAAUAUAAUAUUAUGCGACCACGUCGAUAUUUCUUUGUGGUUUACUUAGCUAUAUUUGAUCCAUACUAAAGUAUAAGUGAUGUUUCCAGCUGACAGGAAACAGCCAUAGAGAAAAUAGAUGUUACAAGACAAGAAGACACAACCUUGUUUAAAGUUAUUAUAAUUGCAUUUAAAAGUAAAACGGUGGAUUAUCUCUACUUAAACAUGUUGUAAUGACAACAUAAAUUGCAUGGAAUGUUUAAGCAGUAUGUAUUGGCUUAAGCCAGCAUAAGUCCAAAACUAUUGAUAUAUUAGAAUUUUUCAAAAGUAGGAACAAUAUAUUAUUUACAUAUUUAUUUGUUGUGUGAGCAACAUUUUUUUUUCUAGUUACUUCAGAACCUUAAUGCAGUACACAGAUACUAUCUUACUUAUCAUUAUAUAAUACAAUAAAUUAUCUGUGCACUUCAAGGGUUUUUAAGUAACUUUUUUAAUUGUUUAUUUAUUAACUUAUACAGCUACUUAUAAAUAAUUCUAUAUCAUUAGUGGUAGUUUUAGAUCUGAAUGUGGAUUGAUGUUUUUUACAUUCAAAACAAAUGGUAUGUUGAAAAAUCAUGGACAGAUCUACAGCAACAGCACACUUAAAACAGAUUUUGAUCAAGAAAGUAGGAUUCUAAUUAUAUGAAUGAGUGGUUGGUAUCUCCUCAAUUGAUGUGUUAGUGUCAUGCACACAUCAGUCGCGUCAUUAGUGCCUAGUGAUGUUAGUAAGCUGCAACGAACACGCACUCGCAUUAGAUGCUCGCCAUUUUUAAUUAAAAUACAAUCCAAAUACACAAUGGGAGAUACCAGUGCAUGCCUUUUAUAAAUACAGAUAUAUCAGUCGUUUCUACACAAGUCCAUUUGUUUUGUUCAAUAAAGUCCAUAACCUAUAAUGUUGGUGGUCCAAAUGUGAUGACAAUUAAGUGUGACAUAUAAAUUUAUUAGUAUAUUAUCUAUUUCUCAUUGAAGUACUUCGCGAUAUAUUUUGAUAGUCGCGUGCCUUGAUGUAGUUAAGUGAAUAGUUAAAGUAAAUAGUCGUAUUUUGUUAUACUAAUAAAAUUGGUUGUAGGUCUUCUAGCAUAAGUUUUGCUUAAUUUCAUAAGGCUAGUUGAAUAUGCACUUUACUGUAUGUACUUCUGUACGUAUAAGUCUUCCAACUAUGUUGUGAGUCAAGUGUGUGUAUUAUAGUCAGAAUACAUUUUAUCUUACCAUAAGAAAUUGAUAUAUUUAUCCAAAAGGACGCUAAAAAAUUCCGUGCUCGAUGGCAAACAGUACAAUAAUAAAAAAUCGGAGCUGCUUCGCUCUACCUUAGAUGUCAAAUUGUACCAAAUCAAAAGAGUAUUACAGUAACUGCUUUUAAAAAAAACUAGUAUCAGAACAUAACAAACACUACAACAAUAGACACACCUUAAUAUAAAGUGUAUUAUCACUCGGCGGAGAGUCGCCGGCCUUCGGGCACUGGCGACAGGUGGCGCGUGGACGGCGUCUUCGUGGUCGGAGUCUUCGGGCUCUUGUGGUCCGACUGCGGCGGCGUGGGAGGGUAUAUGUGCUCGCUCUCCUGUGACGUGGACGCCGCCGUCUCCGCCUGGGUCGAUGACUGUUGUUCCGCCAUUAUCUGGUACACUUUAUCCUGCCAGAACAAAAAUUCAGCAUUAGCAUUGAUAACCACUGCAUUGUAAGACCCGACUUGAUAAAUUAUCUAGACUGGUUAAGAUAAUCGAUUCGUAAUACACAAUAAAUCGUAUCGACAACAUAAUAGCAAGGCGUGGAGAAAUGAGAUAGUUCGCUUACAAUUGCUUGUUUACUUUUUUCAUUUCAUUUUGGGUCAACAAAAUAUAGAAUUUCACACAGCAUAUUGCUGUUACUGAAUAUUCGAGAAUGGUCAUCCUAUGAAUUUUCACUUAACUUGGCUGUUACAAAAGUGGUCUAGAGAAAUGGUACUGACAAACAUAUCGAGGGUGACAUUGUGCGACUGGAUGCGGUGGCUCUCGUCGAGGUUGACGUCGGGACAGAUGAGGUCGAGCCCGGCGGCGCGCUGUACGAACUCUCCGUCCCCGCCGCGCACGACGCAGACGGCGCCCUCGCCGCGCACCACGCUCACGCACGGCGCCAGCCAUCGCCAGCACGGCUCCAGCUCCUCCCAGCUGUACCCUGAACACAAAACAUUG